AUGUCCACGCCAGGCGGGCCUGAGGAGCAAGUACAAUGGGGUCAGAAAGGGUACAGAAGGAUGAAGAUUGCGGCUAUGGCCGGCACGCUCUACAACCGAGGGCAGGCGGCAGUAUCGGAGAUCCAGAAACAGUACGCGCAAACCAGACCAGUACUGGAUGGAGGUCACGACGGUCAUGGGAGGACGCACAUUCCAGGGGCAUUCCCAGAUGUGGACAUACGGGUAAAGGGAAAUGAGCAGAUGGUUUUGUUCCCGUCUUACGCUAAAAGGCAUGCGAAGAAAGACUGGUCCAGUCCGUCCGAGUCGGCUACGCAAGGACAGCAAGGAGCUACGCAAGAGGAACUCUUCUGGAAGAACGAGUGGGACCGAAAUGAGGAUGAGAGGGCGAUUGUCGACGUUGACGUUCGAGGAUGGGUCUACUCGCCCUCGUCCGGGCCCAUGAACAGGAAGGACCGCAUGUUGAUUGGGAUCGCCCGGAGGCUGAGCGGCAUCGUAGCCCCACGAACGGAGCAGCCAGCUGCUGACGCCGGCGAGGGAGGACUCCGCGCACAACACCAAAUGCACGAGUCGCAACGCGACCAAGAGCGCAUAGAGCGCGAGGCGGAAGAAAUCGAGCGCCGAGGGCUGCAAGAGAAGCAGGCCGCUGGCCGAGGCGAAUACAGCGAGAGGCCGCAGCUCGACAACAGCGAAACCGGCAGCAUGUACAAUUACAAGACCGGCCAAGGGAACGGCUCGGGGUCCGCACCCAGCAGCCCGAUGCGCACAGCCACCCAGUACUCAACAGGUGGUUCCUCGACAGAGAUGAGCGAAGCCGAGUUUGCGGUGGCCAACAAGAACCUGAUGGCUCGGAUAGCCCCUUUUAUGACCAAUCCCUCGGUCUCGCUGCCUGUGACCAUCUUCUUCUACAACGACUCGAAGUCGCAGUCACGAACAGUCAUUACCAACGACGCCGGGCACUUUAACUUUCGGGCGCCACUGGAUUUCGUGCCCACGCACGUCAGGGUGCUGGCCAGCGAGGGUCUCUCGGCGAUCCAAGAGGUCCAAAUCACGGAGCCGUACGGCGUCAGCUUGAUCAGCGACGUCGACGACACAAUCAAGCGAUCCAACAUUUCGAGCGGCGCAAAGGAGAUCUUUCGAAACACGUUUGUGCGGGAUCUUGGCGAGCUCACGGUGGAAGGCGUCAAGGAGUGGUAUGGGCGACUGCACGCCAAUGACGUGAAGAUUCACUACUGUUCGAACAGCCCGUGGCAACUGUACCCCGUAUUGGCGAGCUACUUCAAGCUGAGUGGUCUACCACCUGGCUCGCUUCACUUGAAGCAGUACUCUGGCAUGCUUCAGGGCAUUUUUGAGCCUGUGGCGGAACGGAAGAAGUCUACACUCGAGCGCCUCAUCCGAGACUUUCCACAGCGGAAAUUUAUCCUCGUGGGGGACAGUGGCGAGGCCGAUCUCGAGGUCUACACGGAGCUCGCCAUGGCCAACCCAAAGAGUAUCCUAGCCAUCUUCAUCCGCGAUGUCACGACGCCGGAGCGGGUCGACUUUUUCCAGAACUCGUUUGGCGGGCUCAAGAGCAAGGUGUCCAACCUCAGCCUCCGUGAUCAAGGCUUCAACGAGACUGGCAGCAGGCGGUGGAACACGGCACCCAAUGCUCCGCAAGCCCAGGAGCCGUCCAGCGGGCCAACCAUGGGCGAUCUGAUCGAUCUGUCCGAGGAGCCACGGCAGGCUGCAUGGGACGAAGCCCAGGCACUGGAUCAAGUCCGCAAGCAACCUGCACACCGCAAGGGCAGUGCCUCUGAUCUACUUGCCGCUCGCAAGGCCCCGCCACCGAGACCGAACAAGCCAGCGGCCUUGCGGAGCACGUCCUCGCUUAACAAGUCCGACGAAGACGCAGCGCCGCCGCUGCCUGCAAGAAAGCCCGUGCCCAGCGGAGCGAAUGCGCCACAUCCCCUAUCGCAGAUCCGGAACCCGUCCUCCCAGACGGUUAACAGCAGCCCCGCCAGCACGCCAGGAUUGCAGGCGCAAAGACGGGACAGCGGACGCGUACCGCCGCAACCACCGCCCCCGCGCCGGCGUGGCACGCCUUCCAGUGUGGUGAGCAACGCAAAUUCGGAUGUUGACUACGAUCCGCUGCCGGGGUCGACACUGUCUCUAGGCAAGGCCGUGGCGCGAUCGUCCAUGCGGUCCCGCACCGGCUCACCGACGAGCUCGCCCCAGCUUGGCGCACAGCAGCCAACAGCAAUCGACAGGAAGAUUGAGCUGUGGAACAGGAGGCUGGAGCGUGCGCACCAGGAGCUCGAUCGCCUGGGGAUCACGCUGUACACAUGGCGGAGGGGCCAGGACGUUGUCGAAGAGGCGAUGGGGCUUGUGCGACAGGCGCAGCAAGAUAUGAAGAGACGGGGCAAAGAUAUGCACCCCUUGGAGGAUUCUGCAAGGAGGGACAAGUAUUGA